CACGAACUUAUAACAUGACGUAAUGAUAGAAAAUUCAAUAACAUUUAUAUGAACAGUUUUUUAUACGUAUUCGGCACAAUGAACUCACACUCAGUAUGUGACGUCAUAAUAUAGAUAAUAGGUUAUUUGUUUAUAUUGUAAAAUAGGAAACUUCUCGAAUAGAACAUUCGAGAACAUUAUGCUAGGCAUAUAUAUGAGCGUUCGAGUUCGAGCAAGAGUUAAGUUAACGAGGGAAGAGUUAUAUGAAGAUACGAAUGUAAUACGAGACGAUUUAUAAAAAGAUAUACGAGAAAACAAAACUAUCGAACUUUAUUGAGUCCAUCGCAACAUUUGGUAGCAGAGGGUGGUUGAAGUUCGGAUUUUGUUUAUAUCUACAUUUAAAUCAAGAAGAAAUGUGAUUUUGUUCACGUUACACAAGUGAAGAAGAGAUUUGGUUUGUCUACACUUGAGUAAAAGAGAGAUUUGUUUACAUAUUUCAAAAGCCCUUUACAAGAAGAAACACAGAGAGAAAUAUUUGAGUUGAACUAAUUAAUUAUUUAUUUGGUCGAUCAAACAAGUCAAGAAGAAAAAAGGAAAACUCUAGAAAGAUCAUCUGUUAAAAUAAACAUUCUAGGAGAAAGAAAAAUUUCUUUCUUGAGACGGAUUAAAGAAUAGAAGAAAAUUCUUCUAUAGAAGCGUAACCAUGACGAUAAGGCAAAAGCUUGGGAUCGCAAAAAAGAAACUUGAGACGAAAAUUCUGGAAGUCAACACCUACAUUAAAGAUGCAAGUAAUCAAAACGAAAUAGACUUAGUUGCACAUAUAGAUGAAACGACAGUAAAAAUUGAGAAUUUCAAGAAACAUUUGAAUAAUUUGGAGAGCUCGAUAACAGAUAACUCAGAAGAAAACGAGAAAUUCUGGAGUGAUUAUGAGACAUUUGACGAUUUGUUGUCGAUGGGAGAAGGGCUCCUUAUCAAACUGAAUUGUAUCAAGCGGCUUUCAGAUGAAAAACGAGAAGCUGAAGAACGAGAAAAACAACGCAAAGCCGACGAGCGAGAAAAAGAAAAGCAACGCGAAGCCGAUGAACGAGAAAAAGAAAAGCAACGCGAAGCCGACGAACGAGAAAGAGAGAAACAAAGAAUACAUGAGCUGGAGAAAUUGAAACUAGGAAUGAGCGAAAAGGAGAAAGAGAGACAAGAUCAAUUGCAACUGGAAAAAAUGAAGAUCGAUGCGGAUGAAAGAAGAUUAAAAAUUCAAGCAGAUGAAUCUGUUGAGAGGGAAAGAAUGAACGUUGAGAAAAUGAAAGUCGAAACUGAGGAGAAACUUCGUGUCAUCGAGACAGAAAAAAUAUCUAAAACAAAAGUUGGUGUUCGUUUGCCAAAAUUAGAACUAAGAAAAUUUGAUGGCGAUGUCCUUAAAUGGAGAGAAUUUUGGGACACAUAUGAAUCUACGAUACACAAUAACCCAGGGUUACAAGAUGUUGACAAAUUCAAGUAUCUGAAAUGCCAUCUUUCCGGACCAGCGAGUGAUCUGAUUGCUGGAAUUGAUAUUACAAAUACAAACUACGAUAUUGCAAUCAAACUAUUGGAGAAACGUUACAGCAGAAAUCACGUGAUGCGCGAAGCCCACUAUUCAAAACUUAUCACACUUCAAUCACCAACCUACAAAACAACGUCACUUAGGGCAUUUCAUGACGAAGCCGAAAAACACGUACGAGCGUUGGAAUCCCUUGGGACUAACGUCAAUACUCCUGAAUUAUUAUAUAUUUUGAAAUCAAAACUUCCACGAUCCAUUCUGGAAAGACUUCAACAACAAAAAGACAACAAUAAGGAAUGGACAAUGGAGCUAUUUAGAAAAGAGCUUCAAAACUACGUGGCGAUGAAAGAAGACACAGAGUACCAAUUGCAAUUGAGCAAACCACCUUCAGAAGAAGAACCUCAUCGCAAGCACAAUAACAAUUUCUACAGAGGUGAUCUAUCAAUCUCAACUGGCCAUUCACUCCUAUCAAAUGGGAGACGAAACAAUAGACGAAAGAAUACCUGCAUUUUCUGCGAAGAAACCCACUGGAGCGACGAAUGUCCGAAGUACACCACUAUAUCAGCCAGAAAAGAAAUAAUCAAAGGGCGCUGUUUUUCUUGCUUUAGCCCGAAUCACCAAUCAAAGGAAUGCAAAAAGAUGAAAUCAUGUUAUCAUUGUGGAGAAUCAAGGCGACAUCAUCGAAGUUUGUGUCCUCAGAAGUUUCCGUCGAAAGUCGAGUUAAGUAAUGAAGGAACGUUGCAACAAAGAGAAAGUGGUUUGAUAUCCGUUGGAGAGAAGACAGUCAUGCAAACGGCAUUAGUCCAAGCGUCUAAUCCUACAAACGCAACAUUCAUGGAAACAAGAAUUUUACUUGACUGUGGUAGCAAUCGUACAUACAUAACAAAGGAACUUUCAGAGAAAUUACAGCUGAAAGAGAUUGACAAAGAAACUGUAACUACGUACACUUUUGGCUGCAAGAAACCGAAAAGCUUCUUGUCAACCUUAGUAGAAUUAAAUCUUCAGAAGAAUGAUGGAAAGCCGUUACUAAUCAAAGCACGAGUUGUUCCACAUAUAACUGGGACGGUUGAAAGAACCCCCAUCGACAUAACUCGAAGAAGAAAAUUGGAAAGUAAUUUUGAGCUAUCUGACACCCUACCUACGACCCUACAGACGUCAACCCUUGGCUUACUCAUUGGAAAUGACCACUAUCAUGACAUUGUACUACCAGAAAGGAAGAAAGUCGAUAAUGGUUUGUGUCUUAUCAACUCUUUGUUUGGUUGGAUCCUUAGUGGCAGAAUUUCAGAGAAUGAGAAGCACACCAGUGAUGUGUCUAUGUUUGUGAUGACAAAUACUACAGCUGAUCAACCAUUUGCAGAGAUACAAAAGAUGAAACCUCUAGAUGAAUGCGAAAACCUUGAACCUGAUAUUGAAGCAUUAUGGAGCUUAGAAACUAUUGGUAUAGACACCAAGGACAAAUCAGAGAGCAACGUAUUACAAGCGUUCAAAGAAACAGUCAAAAUGGAAAACGGAAGAUAUCAAGUUUCAUGGCCUUGGAAGGAAGAUGAACCUAAUUUACCAGAUAAUUAUGAACUAUGUAAUGGAAGAUUAAAGUCUUUGUAUAAGCGUUUGUGUGAGAAACCCCGACUACUUAAAAAGUAUGAUAAAACUAUCAAAGAACAAUUAGAAAGGAGCGUCAUUGAAAGGGCCCCAAAAGAAUAUCAAGGAAGAGUCCACUACAUCCCUCACCAUGUCGUCGAAAAUCCUGAGAAAGAUAAGAUUCGGAUAGUUUAUGACGCAUCAGCCAAGACGAAAAAGAGCAACCAGUCCUUAAACGAAUGUCUUCAUCGAGGACCAGUGAUAUUAGAAGAUCUUGCAGGGCUACUAAUGAGGUUCAGAACCAAGAAGAUUGGAUUGAUUGCCGACAUUGAAAAAGCAUUUCUGCAAAUUAGUAUACAGCCUCAAGAUCGCGAUGUUACAAGAUUCCUAUGGCUAAAAGACAUCAACCGUCCACCAACUAAGGCAAAUCUUGAAGAAUACCGCUUUACCCGAGUACCAUUUGGCAUCAUCUCAAGUCCAUUCUUACUCGCAGGAACCGUGCAAAAUCAUUUGGAACAGAAUGGCACACCAGAAGCACUUCAGAUAAAGGAUGAUAUCUAUGUCGAUAACCUUAUCACUGGAAAAGACGAUCAAGAAGAAGCAAAGUUAUUCUAUCACAAAGCAAAAGAAAUCUUUAACGAUGCCAACAUGAAUUUACGAGAUUGGAAGUCAAAUAGUGAAGAGUUUAAUGAAAGUCUACCAUUAGAAGAUAAAAUACUGGAAAAAAUACGAAGGUGCUUGGCAUGACUUGGAAAUCGAGAAGAGACACCCUGCACAUAGCAACACAGCGAUUCAACGCUCUAGAGGCAGCUUCAUCUAAACGACAAGUAUUGACUACAAUUGCAUCUAUAUUUGACCCACUUGGCUAAUUUGCUUCUGUGAUGCAUCCGGAAAAGCUUACGCUACAACAAUCUACCUUCGAUCAAUCAAAGACGAAAAGACAGUGGUCAACCUAGUAUUUGCAAAGUCAAGAGUUGCUCCAAAGAAAGAAUUGACUAUACCACGUC